CUAAGACAUUCUUGUGGAAGACAGAAGAGCUGACGAAGUGUGAAGAUGCCAUUCAAUGUGUCCUCCUGCCCAGAGGAGCAUUGGAGCAGUGAGCUGUUUCUUUACGCUGUUGUGUACGGAAUAAUCGUCAUUCCUGGGAUCUUUGCGAAUAGCGUGGCUUUAUGGGUUUUAAUUGGGAACAUCAAGAAGGAGAAGAAGGCAGUGAUAUUCAUGAUCAACCUUGCCUUUGCUGAUCUGGCUCACAUGUUGACCUUGCCCUUGAGGAUCUUUUAUUAUGUAACUCAAACCUGGCCUUUUGGAAAAUUUAUGUGCUUGUUCUGUUUCUACCUAAAGUUUGUAAACAUGUACGCUAGCAUCUUAUUUUUAGUUUGCAUCAGCAUCCAACGCUGUGUAUUUUUGAUCAGUCCAUUCAAGUACAGCACCUGGAGACGCAGGUAUGAUGUGGCGUUCAGUGUUGUCGGAUGGGUGGUUGUCAUAUUGAUGUGCCUGCCAUUCCCCAUCAUGCGUAACACAGGCACAUUCAACAGCUCGCUCUGCUUUGCCAAUCUCCCCAUGAAGCAAGUCAAGCUGGCAUCUUCUAUACUUAUGCUCACAGCGGCCGAGCUCCUGGGCUUCCUGGGGCCAAUUAUCAUCAUUGUUGUGUGCACCUGGAAAACUGUAGCAUCCUUGAGAGUAACGUCAGCAUUGCCCAAGGAUCGUGGUGGAAAGCGGGCUCUGAACUUGCUCCUGAUGUGUGCGGCAGUCUUCCUGAUUUGCUUUGCUCCCUAUCAUAUACUGUUCCUGCUCAACCAGUUGAGACAGUUGAACUACAUCACAGAUUGCUCCGUGAGGAGGAACAUUGGCAUUCUGCAUUCACUGUCACUCUGUGUGGCAAGCCUGAACGCCUGCUUGGACCCAAUCAUCUAUUACUUUGUCACCAGCGAGUUCAGAGAGCAGCUCUCACGGACGGGCAGCUUCCUCGUGCGGAGUCGCCACUUGAGCAGGGAGAGCACGACCAGUCGCUAACCUCCGGAGCGCUCAGACAACUGUGUUAAGUGUGUGUCUUGGGUUUUUUUGUAAUGUAAAAACUGUAGGAAACGGAAUUUCAUUCAAACCAAGUUGUUUGAACGACAAUAAAAGGCAUUCUAUUCUAGUUAAAAGAUCAGGGUUUACCCUUGUUCCCUGCCACGUCUCAUUACAGAAUGCCAGCGGGUUUUUCACAUGUUAUUGAGGCAAAAACCGAUGUAAUACCCCACCUCAUAGAUCGAACAAAGAAUGCAUUAUAAUUUCCACCCUAUGUGAAAAUAGAUAGCAGCAGUCAGUUUAAGCUGCUUUUAGUGCUUUAAUAGCUAGAUAGAAAAAGAUUUCUCCUUUUCGAUAAACACUUUAUUUUUGUAGUGUCUCACUGCUAAGCAAAGAGUCAGUAUGAUUUUUCUGCAUUUACUGUAAGGUCCAAAUGUAAUUGCAGCUUUCAUUCAAAGACAUGGAACGUGAUCUGUUGUAUCAGCAAUGCAAUGCCAGAUGCAGUUCUCUAAAAGCACACAGCCCACACAAUGAAGUCACCACUCAUUCUGACAGGAAAUGUAUUGACAGAUCAAGCAGUACUAAUCAUUUCUAACAAUUGUACUGGUGGGUUUUUUCUGAGUAUUACAUGUAGCUACAAGUUUUCUAUUACUAUUCAUAGUCAUCUAUUGCUGGUGACAUUCACAGGAGAUCAUUUUGAGAUACUUGCAAUUAUGUCAGGGCAGGAGAAUGAGGUUGGCAGGGAGGGAUAGCUUAACCAAGAUUGAAUGGCGGAGUAGAC